CUAAAUCCAUCUCUUACCAAAAUAAUCUUAUCGCGGAAACUAUUGUUCUACUACCGCCACUACCACACUCGAUACUUCUAGAUCUGUGCUUACACGGUUUCGAGGGUCGGCUGCACUGAUUGGCUUAUUGGUCCAUGAUAAUUGUGCCCAACAGCAUGAUGUCUGAACUACUACCUGGAACCGCACCCAUCAGAGCAGAUUUCUUGCUUUCAGCGCAGCCUCGAGCCGUGCCAGACGAUGAUGCUGCAGAAGGAAGCACCAGUCAUGCUGUUGGUCAUGAUGCGCGAGCAGAGUUCAAUGAUUCCCGUUCUCUCUCCGGUGCCCAACGCAGGAAACUCACGAAAGAAGAAAGGAAAAAUCGAACAGGUUCAAAUAAGGGCAGGCGUUUCCAAAAGAUUCGUGAUGAGGUAGAACUUUGCUGGAAAGUCGCCAACGGAAAGACCUGCGAGUUUGGUGCAGAGUGUCGAAAUACACACGACGUAACAGCAUAUCUCGCUGCAAAACCAAAGGACAUCCAUUUUCCCUCUUUAAGGGAUCUAGGCGAUACACCCCCGUUUGUGAAGCCUUUCCCUGACGAGGAGAUCAUGACGGAUGCCGAGAAUCCAUCCCUUGAUUUUUCCACCUCUUGCCCAGUGUUCGAAGCUCAGGGAGAAUGCAAUACGGGAUUGAAAUGCCGAUUCCUAGGAGCCCAUGUGCGAAAGCUGGAUUCCGGUAACUGGAAAGUCACAGUGGAUGAAGAGAAAAGGGCCCGUGCCGCUACUACAGAGAAGGAGCUGAAUUUUAUCGAUGGUAUCGCACUGAAACAAGUUAGGUCUAAGAAGUACCCGCAUCCUAUAACGGACGCUUACCUCAAAGAGCUUAAAAUUGAAGAGGCCAAGACACAGUCGGCUCCAAAGGCAGCAUUGAAACAAGCAGUUUUCGAUGUUGCAGACCUUGAACAGAGUAAUGGCGUCUCCGGUUGCAAGAUGAAUGAUCGUACUAGUGACGAUGCUGCCGAGGACCUUUCAGAAGUCGAUACACCGGAUGUUCCUAUACGUCCGAUCGAGAAGAAGAGAUUGAAUUGGUAUGGCUUGACCUAUCUCGCUCCUUUGACCACUGUUGGCAACCUGCCCUUCCGGCGGUUAUGUGUCGACUAUGGCGCUGACAUCACAUGUGGAGAAAUGGGCUUGGCAAAUUCCUUCCUUGGAGGAUCAAAAGAAGAAUGGUCACUUGUCCGCCGGCACCCUUCGGAGAGGACUUUUGGUAUGCAGAUUGCGGGGAGCAAACCUUCACUUCUUGUGCCCGCUGCCGAGAUCAUCGCAAAAGAAUGCGGAGCAAACUUGGACUUCGUCGACAUCAAUUGUGGUUGUCCCAUUGACCUGGUCUACAAGACUGGAAGUGGUUCUGCUCUUCUUGACUCAGCGGGUCGACUUGGGAAGAUCAUCGUCGGCAUGAACAAGGCCCUCGGUGAUAUCCCGGUGACCGUUAAGUUGCGUACUGGUGUGAAGGAUGGUCGCAACAAUGCGCACAAACUCAUGCCGCGCCUAAGCUGUGAAUGGAACACUGCCGCUCUCACUCUACAUGGCCGUACCCGCCAACAGCGAUACUCAAGGCUGGCGGAUUGGGACUACGUCAAACAAUGUGUCAGUGCAGUACGUGCACGAGAAGUGGUCGAAGAUUUGACACCUGUCCCAAUCUUUGGCGGUGGCGAUUGCUUUUCUUCACAGGACUACUGGGAGAAGAUGGAGUAUAGCGGUGUCGAUGGUAUCAUGAUUGGCAGAGGUGCUCUGAUCAAACCAUGGAUCUUCACUGAGGUGAAGGAGCGAAGAGAAUGGGACAUCAGUGCUCGUGAACGUCUGGAGUUGAUUCGCAAGUAUGCUGAAUAUGGCUUGAAUCACUUUGGUUCGGACACACCUGGUGUAAAUACCACACGACGUUAUCUAUGUGAAGCCCUUUCUUUCCAAUACCGCUACGUCCCCAUUGGACUGUUGGAAGCUCUUCCUCCCCGCAUUAAUGACCGUGCGCCUCCAUUUAAAGGUAGAAACGAGCUAGAAACUCUCCUUGCGAGCGGAAGCAGUGAAGACUGGGUGAAGAUAUCAGAGAUGUUCCUUGGGCCGGCUCCAGAGGGAUGGACCUUCAUACCCAAACACAAAAGCAAUGCUUAUGGCUCUGAAGAGAGCCAGGGAUAAGUGUUUAUAUGCGUGUUUAUUCAUAUAGAAACUCGCUGUAUUAUACGAAACAGCACUGUAGCACUAUCUAUCGAUAGAACGGUAGUCCAAGAUGUAUCGAUACAGAUGAUUUAUAAAUCAGUUGCUCAGAUCCAUCGGUUCCCCUUCAAGUUCAGGGUCCUCCACUGCGUACGCCAUGGGCGAGGUCGGAGGUGAAUUUGGAUCCUCUAUGUCGUUCGCAACCUCUGGUGGCAGACUACUGAAGAAUAAGGCGUUGUUGUGCUUGACAGAAUUCUAGGGUGGGUGAUGAGACACUUGACAAGUUCUUACGACAAAUCAUACAUACCUUAACGUUCUCCGGCCAAUCCGGUCGUAAAGAUUCUUCAGGAAUAGCACGACUAUAGAUGAGGAAGAAUGGGCCUGCAUUGAGAUGCAAACCGAUCGGAUCGUGUAACACCGUUUCUUCUGAUACCUGCCCCUCUGUAAG